GGCUCGGCGCUGCAGGAGCUGCAGGAGUACGUCCUCUUCCCGCUGCGCUUCGCCCUGAAGGGGCCGGGGCCCAGGCGGGAGCGCCUGGUGCAGAGCGUGGUGCAGUGCCUGUCCUCUGUCCUGGCCGCCACACGAGUGAGGAAGCCGGAGCUCCUGCGGGAGCUGUUCUCCGAGCUCUGUACGUGCCUCUCCCCCCCGUCCGGCCCGGGGAAACCGGCCUGGCUGUCGGAGGACUUAAAGCUGACUGUGAUCCAGGCGCUCCACACCUUGAUGCAUUCGGCUGACGGGGAUGUUAUCCUGUCUCUCUAUCAGCCUUCCACCCUUCCUCUCUUAGGAUUCGCUGUGUCUGUGCUGCUGGGCCUAGCAGAGCAAGAAAAAGCAAAGCAAAUUAAGAUCUCAGCUUUGAAGUGCUUACAGGUCCUAGUUCUGCAGUGUGACUGCCAGCAGCACCAGUGCCUAGAUGAAGACGAGGUGCAGCAAUGUGGGGAUUUGUUUGCUUCUUUUCUGCCUGGGAUUUCCAUUACGCUGUCUCGGGUUAUUACCGGAGACAUCAAACAAGGUCACAAAACCACUGUUUCUGCCAUCAGACUCUUUUAUCUGCUUGUUGGCUCGGUGAUGGCUGACGCACAGCUAGCCAGAAUCCCAAAGAAUAAAGAAAAGCUGCCAGUGGAGCAAGGCAGAAUAUCAGAACUAAUGGUCCACAGAGGACCUGACUGGAGCAAAAGUACUGCCGAAAAACUGUGUCUCCUCCUGCACAAAAUAGUUGAGUUUUCUUCAGUUCACCCCCACUGGAAAGUGAGGCUGGAGCUGGUGGAGCUGGUCCAGCACUUGCUGAGGAGCUGCAGUCAGUCGCUGGUGGACUCGUUCAGCCAUCUGUUAAAGGCCUUGGUUGGGCUGGUGAGCGAUGAGAACGGCGAAGUCCAGAGCAGGUGUAACGAGGUCCUGCAAGGCAUUGCAGAGCACAGGAUCGUCACCCAGAACAGGGCUCUGGCCGACGUCCUCUCCGAGAACCUCCACUCCCUUGCCACAGCUCUGCCUCGCCUGAUGAACUCUCAGGAUGACGCGGGCAAGGUCUCCACUCUGAGCUUGUUGCUCGGCUACCUGAAGCUGCUGGGCCCCAGGAUUAACAUCGUCCUCAACUCCACGUCCCACCUCCACCGCCUGUCCAAAGCGCUGAUGCAGGUCCUGGAGCUGGACGUGACGGAUGUGAAGAUCGUGGAGGAGAGACGCUGGGGCUGUGAGGGCGCCUGCGGGCCCGCGGGCGCCGUGCAGCACGGAGCGCUGAGGGGCAGAUGUCAGAGGAAAUACUUCCGCUUCUUCGCGGGGGAGAAAGUUUUCCAGCUCCUUCAGCAAGUUUGCCGUGUUCUCGGCUACUACGGGAACCUCUACCUGCUCGUGGAUCAUUUCAUGGGGCUGUACGGCGAGUCUGGCGCGUACCGAAAGCAGGCAGCGAUGGUCCUCAACGAGCUGAUUGCGGGAGCUGCUGGACUGGGGGUGGACGUCCUUUGGGAGCGGGAAUGUUCGCUGAACAUGGAUGAUCUCAAAGGGUCCGUCGUGUCCAUUCUCGAUGAGUACACAGACCAGGCCAACUGGUAUUUGGUCACGAGCAUCGAUACAGAAGAAGUCAGCCAGGAGCGCUCUGUGCAACACUCGGGACUCGCUGCCCAGCCAGGAGGCGCCCUCCUCCCGUCCCCAGAGCCGCACGUAACGGCCCGCACCAUGAACAGCAACAUCUGGCAGAUCUGCAUCCAGCUGGAAGGCAUCGCCUGCUUCGCCGCUGUCCUCAAGAAGGAAUUCCGGUUGCUCCUGCUGUCAGCUCUGUACCCGGUGCUGGAGAAGGCUGGGGACCAGACCCUGCUCAUCAGUGAGACAGCGCUGGGGACGCUGGCCGGCAUUUGCGAGGCCUGCAGCUACGACUCCGUGCAGUGUCUGAUUAACGAGAAUUCUGACUACCUGGUGAACGGGAUCUCCCUGAACCUGCGGCAACUGGCACACCAGCCUCACGCUUCCCAGGUCCUGGACACGAUGCUGAGGCACUCGGAUGCCAGCUUGCUGCCGCUGGUAGAGGAUGUGAUCCAAGACGUCCUGUCCACGCUAGAUCAGUGUUACAGUAACCAGGCUUCCACUUUCCUCAGGGUCCUGCACUCAGUCAUGGCAGCUUUAGUGCGGUGGUUUGGCCCAUCCUGCAGUGAGGAACACCAGGGCCAGACAGACGAGUACCACAGCAGGACUUUGUCGCAGGGGCGGCAGGCGGUGACGAGCCAAGAGAUGGAGCAGUUCUUCCUUGACUACAUCAGGCAGAAGCAGAUCGCAGAGGGAAACCUUCCUGACACGGGGGAUGAGGAGACAGAUGAGGUCCCCCCUCUUGCAAACCCGGAGCUGAACGCCUCUGACACGGAAGGAGAGGCUCCGCUGCCCAGCCACGCUCAGCUGGCCAAGGAUGUGAUGGGGAGGUGCAUCCACUUGCUGUCUGACGGGAGCCUCCGCGUGCGCCUCAAGGUCCUGGACGUGCUGGAGCUCUGCGUAACGGUGCUGCAUCCUCACGGAAACCAUCUGCUUCCCAUGGCUCAUCGCGUCUGGCCAGCUCUCGUCACCCGGCUGAUUAGCGAUGACCCUCUGGCAGUGCUCAGAGCCUUCAAGGUGCUGUGUACCCUGGCUCAGAGCUGCGGGGACUUUCUGAGGCAGAGAUUCUCCAGGGAUGUCCUGCCUAAGCUGACCGCGUCCCUCCUCAGCCAGGCCCCAGUGAGCGCCAGAGCCGGGCCCGUGUACAGCCACACGCUCGCCUUCAAGCUGCAGCUGACUGUGCUGCAGGGACUGGGGUCUCUGUGUGAGAAGCUGGACAUGGGCGAGAGUGACCUGAAUAAAGUGGCAGAUGCCUGCCUGAUUUACCUCAGCGCCAAGCAACCCCUGCGACUGCAAGAAGCUGCCCAGAGCAUUUUCCUGCACCUGAUGCGCGUAGACCCCGACGGCUCCUGGCUGCUGCUCCACGAGCUCUGCUGCCCGCACCCCUACGAGCCGCCCCACCGCACCCUGCGGCCC